AAUCGUCCCAAAUCAGCCAUUUUUCGAAGCAAAACAACCAACCUCAUAAGCUCCCUUUCUUUACCACUUUGCUAACAAAAAGCCCGAUUGCGUCGAAGAAAUGUCUCUAAUUCCGAGCUUCUUCGGUGGCCGAAGGACAAACGUCUUCGACCCAUUCUCUUCGGACAUCUGGGAUCCAUUCCAUGAUUUCCCAUUCACCACCACAUCUCUCUCGGCCCCGCGGUCCAACUUUGCCAAUGAGACGGCGGCGAUCGCCAACACCCGCAUCGACUGGAAAGAGACUCCCGAAGCCCAUGUGUUCAAAGCCGACCUCCCGGGGCUGAAGAAGGAGGAAGUGAAAGUGGAAGUGGAGGAGGGCAGAGUGCUCCAGAUCAGUGGGGAAAGGAGCAAAGAGAAGGAAGAGAAGAACGACAAGUGGCACCGCGUGGAGAGGAGUAGCGGCAAGUUCUUGAGGCGGUUCCGCCUGCCGGAGAAUGCGAAGGUCGAGCAGGUGAAGGCUACCAUGGAGAAUGGUGUUCUUACUGUCACUGUGCCCAAAGAGGAGGUGAAGAAACCUGAUGUCAAGACCAUUGACAUUUCUGGUUGAGCUUCUUUGAAUGUGAGAAAAAAAAAAAAAACUUUUUAAUGUAAGGAAAUAAAAUAAAGUCUAAUAUGGGGUUUGUGGUUUUUCUUUCUUUUUUUCCUUCUUUUAUUUCUGUGAAAUUAUGGGCUUCGUUUUCAUGGAGUUUGUGCGUUCUUUUGAAUGGAAUUUGUAAUAUGUAGUGGAGUGUUAUAUUAAUUAAAUCAUUUUGCUCGUUAGCAUA